CGGGUUUCCAGCCUUUCCAGCACCGCGUCGCAAAGACACAGAGGGCAGCAAGCCAGCGCGCCAGCCAUGUCGCACUUUGUGUCGACGAGCGGCGCAAACUUCGACGACUUGCACCAUCAGCUGCUCCAGCGCCAGCCUGUGGAAGGCAGCGCACAGGACGAAGAGGAGCUGGAAAGGAGCCUCCACCAAGAAUUCCGAUCGCACGAUGAGGGGAAUAACGUCGCCGAUGAGGGCCAAGCGCCCGGGUCUACGGCGACCGCAGCGGUUGGUGAUACCGCGCACGUUUUGAGCCCUGCUUUGGCCUCACGCAGGAGGCCGGACUUGAGCAGACCGACGACUACAUACGAACAAGAUACCUCUUCGCGGGCAUCCUCGCCCUUUGGAGGCGACAAAGACGGGAAGAAGCAACGGUCCGUCUCAGCGGCCGUGCCCGCACCUUCUUCGAAGCCAAGAAGAGAGAGGAAACUGAGUGAUCCCGAUGAAGGCCCGGCGCAAACAUCUUUGGCCUCGGAAGUAGGAAGAGGGACUCCAUCAGGUCCCCGGUCAGGCGCCACCUCCCCGACCAGCGGAAAUCGAACGCGGCGAAACAGCGCCGAGGAUUCAUCGUCGCAUCUCCAGGCAAAUGCGCAGCCAGCGAUGCAUCGUUCAGCCCAGUAUCAACACAAGGAAGUGACUUUUGACAAGAACGAGGCUACAACAAUACCAUCGGACGCUAAGAGAAACUUGGCGCGAAGCAACAGCAACGUCCCCGAUAUGAGAUCAAGGUAUAAUCAACAGCAUCACCAUCAUCACCAUCACAACCAUCACCAUCCUCAUCAUCAUUUGCUCCCGCAAGAUGGCGAACACGGCCGGCAACAUCAUGUCCUGUCCCCUCAUGCACAGAGCAGACUUCGAAGCGCAGGCAUGAUCAGCCAGGCCGAGAUGCCGCCUCGGAAGCUGGGCACCUGGGAUGGCGUCUUUAUGCCAGUCAGCCUCAAUAUCCUCGGCAUCAUUCUCUUCCUGCGUUUUGGUUUCAUCCUCGGUCAGGUCGGUCUGGUGGGCGCGCUCCUCCUCCUCACCCUCUCGUAUGCCGUCGAUACACUCACAGUGAUGUCCGUCUCGGCCAUCUCCACGAAUGGACAAGUGCGAGGGGGCGGCGCCUACUACCUCAUAUCGCGGUCCCUUGGACCCGAAUUCGGCGGCUCCAUUGGACUCGUCUUCUUCGCUGGACAAGCACUCAAUGCUGCCAUGAAUGUCCUCGGUUUCGUCGAGAGCCUCACCGACGCCUUCGGCAUGUCACGAGGGCCUGAUGGCUUUCUUCCGGAAGGGCCUUGGUGGAAUUUCAGCUACGGAAGCGUUUGUCUUCUCGUCUCGACUCUGGUCUGCCUCGUCGGAUCUCGUCUCUUUGCGCGAGCCACUCUAGCACUCGCCGUCGUCCUGGGUGUCGCCAUUAUCAGCAUUCCCCUUUCGUCUGUUUUUGUCUCGCCCUUCAUCGACGAGGACAGAGGCGCCUUUUAUACAGGUUGGAGCCUCGAGACGCUUCGGGAGAACCUCUUGCCCCACUUCACAAGCGGCGCUGCAGGUAGCAGUACAGGCCCUCUCAAGGAGAACUGGCAAACGGUCUUUGGCGUUCUCUUCCCUGCGGUCACGGGCAUUCUCGCUGGGGCGAGUAUGUCUGGUGACCUACGAAAGCCGUCGAAGAGCAUCCCGAAGGGCACCAAUUGGUCGCUAAUCUUCACUUAUGGAGUGUACGUCAUGUCGUUUGUCGUCUUUGCCGGCACCAUAGCUCGCGAGUCCUUCUACCUCGACGUAGGCAUCGUUUCGGACGUGGCCCUGAGCCCACAGGUCAUCACGUUCGGCGUCCUAGCUUCGACGACAUUUUCGGCGCUGAUGGGCGUCAUGGCAUGUGGCAAGGUGCUCCAGGCCAUCGCCCGAGACAACUUGCUCCCUGUCCUCGACAUCUUUGCUCAGGGCACCGAGGUCAGUGACACGCCCACCUACGCGGUCGUAGCCACCUGGGUAUUUUGCCAGGCGGUCUUAUUCGUCGACAGUGUCAACCUGAUUGCACAGUUGGUCACGAUGACGUCACUCCUCACCUUUGGCACUCUCUCCUUUGCGACCAUGGCCCUGAAAGCCGGCGGCGCUCCCUCUUUUCGCCCUUCGUUUCGCUACUGGAACAUUUGGACCGCUGGCGGAGGCACUUUGGCCAGUUUUGGUGCCAUGUUUUUUACCGAUCCCUUCUGGGCGGCCGCAUGCAUUGUCCUGGCCAUCUUCCUCUUCACUGCCAUCUCCAUCUUCUGCCCGCCAAAGCCAUGGGGAGAUACGACACGCAAUAUCCACUACUACAUCGUCCGCAAGUACCUCCUGCGCCUCGAUGAGCGAAAGGGUCGCGUGACGCACUGGCGACCUCAGAUUCUCCUCUUGGCGAACAACCCGCGCACGGAGUGGAACCUCAUCAUCUUCUGCAACAGCCUCAAAAAAGGCGCUCUUUAUGUCUUGGGCCACGUUCUAAAGGGCGAGUUCGGAGAGUGCCUGGGCGAGCUGAGGAAACAGCAAAUUGCUUGGCUCAAGCUUGUCGAUGUCUCGGGCAUCAAAUCCUUUGUCGACGUCAUCAUCGCUCCCGACGAGCGCGAGGGUGCUCGGAACCUCAUCUUGUCCUGUGGUCUAGGCGGUAUGCGGCCCAACAUAGUCUGUCUCGGAUUCCCUUCUACGAUCCGGAACGUCGCUCGCCUCGCCGCUCCCUCUGGUCAAUCCAGUGGUGCCGCAUCGCCAAACGCUGCCUCACCCACUGCCUCCAAAGCAGGAAGUAGCACCGAGAGCGACAUCACCAUUCGCGGCGUACAGGAUCACAUGGGCGAUCGCUCGCUUCUUUCGAACAAUGCUCGUAUCCUGCCGACAGACGUAGCAAGGCGCGAAACGCCAAUCACGGCGAGCACAUAUGUCGGCAUCAUGGAGGACACGCUUGCGCUCCAGAAGGCCUUGGCCGUCGCAUACGGCUUCGAUUCGAUGCAGCUCAGCAGUCCAUCUUCCCCUCUACGACAAUGGGACUGGAACUGGUGGGCAGGAGGUCAAAAGGAGGAGAAGCCGGAAGAGAAGAAAUACAUUGAUCUCUGGCCCAUUCAGAUCCAAAGCCCAGAUGCAGAUCCGACGCACGCUUGGGACUCGUACACGAUGAUUCUGCAGUUGGGCACCAUUCUCAGCUUGACUGGCAGCUGGAAAAAACACAAGCUUCGCGUGUCCGUUUUUGUCGAGUACGAGUCCGAUGUCGAAGAUGAGAGACGACGGGUGCGGUCGCUCCUCGACAACCUCCGUGUGCCGGCCACCCUCCGGGUCUUUUUCCUCUCAUCUGGCACGAUCAAGUCCUACCAGGCAAUUGUGCACGGGCGGACACCGGCACCGGCCUCGAUCGAAGCUGCACUGGGGGGCGAUCCGUGGUGGGAAGCUCUGAAGCAACUUCGAAAGGAAGACGAACGGCGAAACAAAGAUGCGGCCGCUGCUGCGGCCAAGAAACGAGCUUCAGCAGUGCCAUUUCCCGACAAUGCGUCGCCUUCGUCAUCGGCAGCUGGCCGCAAGCAGAGCAAGAGAGAGCAGAAAAUGCUGGGCGUCAGCUUGCCGGCUGAGCACCUCGAAUUUUUCAGGAGGAACAUGCAGAUUGGGCUGGCGCAUCCUCGUGCCAAGAAGAUGAAUUCCAGAUCGCGCGCCGCAGGAAGCACCGGUGGCAGAAGAAGAACAAGAAGCACUACUGGCGCUCUUGAAGAGGGAUCUGCUGAACCUCUCGAUGACGGUGCUGCUCCGUCUUACUCAGACAUCGAAACAGACGAGUCGGAAGAGGGUGGCUCGGAUAGCGACGACGACUCGGAUCUGAGCGACGAGCUUGCCAGCCUCAACCUUGACGAUAUUGACUGGGUCGGAUCUGCAGGAAGUAGCAACAGCGCGAUGGGUAAUGGCCUGCGGCGGACAAGGACGUACGGUGGUGCUAAAAGCACCCAACGUCGGAGCAAGAUGAAUCAGCGGCUGCUCCCUCGAAGACAGCGUACAUAUUCGGUUGGCCAGAGGUCUUCAAACACAGCUUUUGCGGAGGCAGGCGCGUCGUAUGGCUCAUUUGGGUCCACACCGAGGUCUACUCAGCAUCCGAUCAGAGAAGAAGAUUUUGGCGAAAAUCGAUCUCGAGGAGAAGGGAAGCGAAGGAACGAUUCUUCCUUGACGGACAGUGUGGGAGGGCAUAGCUCGUCGUAUUCGUCAGCUGCCGAGGACGACGAUGGUACACUCAAAGCCUCAGAUCGUCUACGUGCUCGUGCUGAGCUCGACCGGCAGGAAAGGGAAAGCAAAAGCGGCGAUGCGUCUCUGCCUCGAUUCGACACAGUUGACGUUUCCACGCAAGUCCAUUUCAAUUCAUUGCCGAACAAGGCCCAAUAUCUGAUCCUCAACGAAUUAAUUCGUAUCAAUUCGGGCGCCACGACGACAGUCGUACUGACUGCCCUUCCUGCUCCGGAGCCGGGGACUUCCUCUGACGAGGGCCGAAGCCAACGAUACCUCGACCAGCUCGAGAGCCUCUUUGCAAAAGGGCCUCCAGUCCUAGGCGUUCACGCGAAGCAGCUCACCAUGACCUCGGCUUUGUAAGGUCCAUCUCCUGCUCCCUCUCAUUCCAUUUUAAAAGUAGCAUUUCAUUCUUUUAACAAAUAGAGAGAAUUGUCAUCUCAUUAAUCCUCUUCCAUG